GUAAAAUAAAAAAGAUAAAAAGAUGUAUUUUCAUUUAUCUGUACUAUAACCACAUUUUGAGGUAUCAGCUGAUAUCUACAUCUGUAUUCGAGUUUAAUUUGAGCUGAGCCUUUGCGCACAGGAAUUGUACCAAAAAGGUGUAAUUAUGAGGUAUAGUGCUAUUAAUGAUAAAGAUGUAUUUAUGUGAGAAUGAAUAUUCUUGGAAGUGUUUAAAACAUACAGAUGUCUUUGGAACUCUUAUUUCUGAUAGUCAUAAAAUUACCUUAAAAUGCCAUCUAUCCCAAUACCUUUGAACCGAUAACAGGUGUAACAUCAUUUCCAGAGAAAGUGAAAAAACAGCUUCCAUUAUUAAUCUUAAUAUGUAAGUGGAAUUUACCUCUAGCAGUCAGAUUCAAACCUGUCACUUGUUAACUAAAGGACAUAAGAACUGGCGCCCACAUACAUGGCCAUUAACCUUAAGGAAACAUUAACCUGGAGCACACUUAAAUUAGCUCGGCUAGCUGGAGUGUUUUUGCAUUAAACAUGUCGCUGUCUAGUCUGAGCCCGAGUGCUCUUCGCCACAUCAUCCGGGAGCAAAGGCAGGUUAUUGGGAACACUUCUGGCAUUGCAGCAGGAUAUCUACAAGCUAACGUAGUGAUUCUGCACAAGGACCUGGCGGAUGAAUUUGAGGCGUUCUGCCGUGCCAAUCCCAGUCCCCUCCCUCUGCUGUACAGGAGCGAGCCUGGAGAAUGGGGCUGCCCCCCCCUCUCUGCACAAGCAGACAUCAGAGAAGACUGUGCGCAGUACUGCGUGUUUGAGAAGGGGGCACUGGUGACAAAGGUGGCCAGUCUGGUCCCCUACACCUCUCAGCUGCAGGACAUGGUGACAUUCUACCUGGGCUGCAGCUUUAGCUUCGAGCGAGCCCUCAAGCAGGCCGGCGUGCCCGUACGCAAUGCCGAGCAGGGCCGCAACGUCAGCAUGUUUCGGACGUCAGUGCAGUGUGUCCGGGCAGGGCCAUUUCGCUGCCCCAUGGUUGUGUCCAUGCGUCCGGUCCCGCGGGACAAGCUGGAUGUGGCGGCCCAGUGCACGCACCGUUUCCCACUUGCCCAUGGAGGUCCUGUCCACAUAGGCCACCCAGGCAUACUGGGGAUUCCAGAGCUUUGGCGGCCAGACUACGGGGACGCGGUGGAGGCAAGCCCCGAGGAUGUGCCCAUGUUCUGGGCCUGUGGGGUCACUGGAGCAGAGGCUGUCCAGAGCACAAAGCUUGCUCUCGCCUUCACCCACUCUCCCGGGUGUAUGUUUCUCACUGACCGAGAGGAGGUCACUGCUGCUUCACAGACGUCUGAGUCAGGAAGCUGUCCUUUGACCUUCUGUAUUUCCCAGAAUCCCCUGCACUACAGUAUAGCCAGUAAGACUGCGGUUCAGCAAGUCCGAGAGCUUGAGCAGCUUAUUCAAGAAGACCCAGGCCAGAGGGGGAUCCAAGCCCUGUUUGUGCCGGAUGAGCUGCUGAGGGCCUGUCUGUCCCUGUCGCAUGCCUCCUCUGUGCUCAUCACCACAGGCUUCCCCACGCACUACAUGCACGACCCUCCAGAAGAGACGGACGGGCCCCCUGGAGCCGUCGCCAUGGCCGCUAUGCUCCAGGCCCUCGGCAAGCACGUGGUCAUAGUGGCUGACCAGCGUGCCAUGGAGCUCAACAUGCGCAUUAUACAGGAUGCUGUGGAUAAAGGUGUGAUAAAAAGUGCAGUGCCAGUGAUGAGCUUUCAGGGCAGCAGUCCAGAUUCAGCGCUGCGCUUCCUUUGUCAUGAUGGAGAUCCUUCCAAGCCAAGAUUUGACCACUUGGUGGCAGUAGAGCGCAGUGGAAGGGCUUGUGAUGGCAACUACUACAACAUGAGAGGAGUGAACAUCAAACACUUGGUGGACCCUAUAGAUGAUCUGUUCACCACAGCCAGCACUGUUCCAGGCAUCACCACGACGGGCAUUGGAGAUGGAGGCAACGAGUUGGGCAUGGGGAAGGUAAAGGGGGCGGUGAAGGCGCUCAUGCCUAAGGGAAGUCUCAUCGCCUGCGACGUGGCUGCAGAUUUUGCCAUCGCUGCAGGGGUGUCUAAUUGGGGCGGUUAUGCUGUGGCCUGUUCAUUGUACCUUCUGAACCGGUGUGAUGUCCAUCGGCGCUAUGUCCAGAAAGGCCUGGGUGUGUUGCCAGCAGCCAGGGAACACAGCCUCUGGGCAGCCAGCCUGCCGUCUGUACCUAAGGAGGAGGAAAUGCUACGCAUUCUGGUGAAGCACGGUGUCCGCAGCGGUAAAACUGCGAACCUUGGGCUGGAGGUGGACGGCCUGACCUUUCAUCCCACGCACUCUGCUAUGGUACAGCGCUUACGAGACCUUUCCUUGGAAGAAAGAACAGUGACUAAAGCUCUGCGGUGCACAUCAUAACAUCAGCUGGCCCUCGAAGCGAGACGGCGGCCCCAUGUCGCAAACUGUCUCAGACACGCUCUCUCCUCCUUCAUGAUUAAGCUAACACAUCUCACUUCCUCUUGAGCCACGGCAAAGGCUGCUGCACAGUGCUCAUCCUGUCUUGGUUUGCCACAGACACUGCAAGCAGUCGCAUUGCAGCAAAUGAAAUCAUAAUAUGACCUCAAAGGGCGCAGUAAGAUUUGGAUCAGUGUAAAUUAUGGUGCCACCUUCAGCAUAGAUAAACCUCUGAAACUCAUUCUGCUACUAAGUGAAGACAAGAUCCUCCAUACUCAGCAUACUGAAGGCUCCCAUGAGCGCAACAUGUUCCCUAAAGCUGUUGACUAGGACUCUGGUCACCCACACGAACGGCAGAGAAAAGGUCUUGGAGAACCACAGGGGUUUGUGUCCACUCAUAGACCUGUGACAUAAUUAAUGAAGUUUCUUUCGUUCUCAAAGAGUUCCACAAAAUUUAAAUCAGAAACGGCCAACCAAAGACCUUCAUUCUCAAAAUAAAUAAACAAUCGUGUUUUUAUUGGGCAGGCCUCUGUUACACCAUUACACCUGAAAACACUAAAUAUUUCUCUGGGAUAUGAAGAUAAAAUAAAUACUUCAAUUACCAAAGCCCAUGGCUUGAAAAUAUAAAAGCAUACAUUUAAGCAAGAAUGUUUUGUCUUGGGUCUAAUGCUUGUUUGGUAUGUAAAACUGGUGUGUGUGUGUGUGUGUGUGUGUGUGUGUGUGUGUGCGUGCGUGCGUGUGUUAGUAUUAUUCGGGUUAUAUGCUCUGCACCAAAACGGCUGGUUUUAGACACAUAAACAGUAAGCAGUUUAAAAGUAUUUAAAGCAUUGUUUAAUUUCAUUUAAGCAUCAGUAAUGUUUACCAGCAAAGCCUAAAGUACUAUAUUAGCAUCUUAUUAUUAAUGUUGCUGUGCUUACGGUCUUGUUCGUAAUUGUAAUCGCUGUGAAUUAAAGUGUUAACAUGGAA